GGUUGAGGGAUGGAUCGCUGUGACUCUGGGGAUCGAGGGACCAGGAAAACGAGGGGCAGCACCGUGUUCCUUAAAAAGGAGAAUUCAUUUUCCCUCCGCCUGUGCCAUCUAGAUUCCUUUUCCCCUCUCCUCAGGGGUGGGGAAAGGGUGUCCCAGGACCGCACGAUGGCCCCGCCUCUUCCUGGAGACAGCACGUGGUACCGGAAGUGGGUAGGGAUAAUAUGGAGGAGCUUCCGGCGUGCCCCGGCGGCUGAAAGCCGGGGCAGAAGUGUGGGUCCCGUCUGGGUCCCCGUCCCAGUCCCGCUGAGGCGGCGACCACGGUAGGAGGAAGGAGGCGUUGGACGCGCGGGCCCUUCGCCGCUUUACGUUGCAGCCUUAUCUCAGCUCAACAUGAACUAUAUGCCCGGCACCGCCAGCCUCAUCGAGGACAUCGACAAAAAGCACUUGGUCCUGCUGCGAGAUGGAAGGACACUUAUAGGCUUUUUGAGAAGCAUUGACCAAUUUGAUAAGAAAGUUGAGAUUGAAGAUGUGAGCGACUCCAACCAUAAAGUAAGUGGUGGAACCAGGACUGAAGGUCUCCGAAUACAAAACCUGUGCUUUCUCCGCUCCAGUUCACAGCAUCCUCACUACCAUCCCAACCAACCCAAAGGCAGGUGCUGUUGCCCAGUGCUCACCUGCUCUGAGCCAGGGCCCAGACAGGUUCAAGGUCCCUCUCCUCAACGCUCAGGAACCUGCAGAGGAAUUAAUCUUCCACCACAACCUACAAUUCCAUGGCUGAACAACCAAAGUUCCCCAGGACAGCCAGCUCUCAACCCUCAGAUCCCUUCUCCAUGUUGUUGGCCAUUUGUUCUUCCUGGGACACCCACACUCCAUCCUCUAUCUCAAACCUGGCUAACUCCUUCUUGCACUUCCUACACGCAGCUCUCAUGUCACUUCCUCCCAGAAGCCGUCCAUAACACUCCUCCCUCUCCCUGUGUAAUUAGGUGUUCCAUCCCUUGUACUUCCAAAACCCCUCAUCUGCUCUACAACUUUCCAUAUUGGAUCAUAUGGUUCAUUUUCCUCAUAGCUGUAGAGCCACAGUGGAUACUCAAUAAAGGAUUGUUGAAUGAAUGAA